AUGCCUACGAAAAGAGUUCGUCAGAGCGAGCGGCGUAGAUGCGUCAAGGCUUGCGGGAAUUGCAAGCGGCGCAAGGAACGCUGCGAUGGUCAACAACCCUGUCGGAGGUGCGUGAUCCGCAGAGUCGAAGCCGACUGCACCUUCAUCGGCCCGCCGACGAACUUUGCCGCUGCGGAGGACUCGUCAUCCGUGAGAAGUCCUGAUCGCCCGCAGGUUCAUGUUCCUCCUGCUCCUCCUCACCGAGGCAGUCCUCCUGGUCACGGUCAGGAUCUCUUCAGCUCUUAUGGGGCGACUGCCUCCUUUCAUGAAGCUGUCAUUUCACCGAGUCAUCACCAUCAGCACCGGCGCGCGUCGUCGUCAAUCAGCCACCUCUCGCAGAGCACUGCGGUACCAAAGGUAUCGCGACUCAUCGCAGAUGGCAAGGGACGGUUCAUGUUCAUUGGCGACGCCGCCAAUCUGGCCUUCUUGAAAGUGAUACGCCGGCUUGUGCGCGAUCGCGUCGGCCUGUGCCCCUUCACUGAUGAUCCCUUGCGGCAUAUCAUGGUCGAGGCGACUCCUGAAGGCCGCCCAAAAUGGAUCAUCACGAAUCCCGCCGAUAUCCCCUCCAAGCCUAGCACUGAGCAGGCAAGAUAUCUGCUGCGGUGGUAUCUCCGUGCAACAAACUGUAUUCUCGAUGUUUUCAAUGAGUCUGAAAUCCUCAAGGACCUCGAACAUUGGCUGCGUGGAGAGCCCAUGAGUCAAGAUGAAGAGGCCAUGAACUGUAUCUUCUUUCUGAUAUUCGGCAUCGGAGCACAACGGUGCCCGGAUGAUCGGGAUGCCGAUGCAGAGAAGUAUUUCAACUAUGGUCGAUUCCUGGCAGUCUCGUAUGCCAUGGAGAACCCAACAAACAACACGGUGCGCAGUUACAUCCUCAUCACCGUCUACCUCCUCGGUGCAUCGCGACGCAACUCAGCCUUCAUGCACCUGGGCGUCGCUACCCGUGCCGCCUACGCGCUGGGGAUUCACCGGCGAGACGUCCCGGCGCUUUUCUCAACACAAGAGCAAGACACUAGGGAUCGACUGUGGAAAGCCCUCCGGGUUCUGGAUCUAUUCUUGGCCGCCUCAUUAGGUCGGCCGUUGGCGACUUCCGAGACCCGAGAUACAUCAGCAAGCGAGAACUACUCUGCCUCACUGGAUCUUUGCGCGAUCUUCGAAUCGAUCUUGAACGACGUCUACGCCAAGCGCAUGGUGUCUACAGAAACACUCGAGCGUAUCAGCGAACAGCACCGUCGAUGGGCCGCGAAGUUCAGUGAUGGUCUCGCGGCUGACGGGAUGAAACCCAGCAAGUAUGUUGACGCCGAUGACGGUGAGAGAUAUCCGAACAUAGGGCUUUACCACAUGAAAGAAGCAUACUACUGGAGUAUCAUGCUGUUAUCACGGCCUUUUCUCAUCGACUUUGUCUCGAGAAACAUUGCGCGCACCCGGACGACGUCCAUGUGGGCCGAGGAAACGCCCUUGUCAUCACCGUCCGACCAACUUCUGGUCCAUGCCUGCGUGGACUCUGCAAUACGGACAAUCGACCUCCUCUCAACCCUCAUCCCGGACAAAAACGUAGCUAAACGACAUCCCUUUGUCAUCAACUCUGUCUUUGUCUCCGCCCUGGUCCUCGGCCUGGCCGUCUUUGGUGACCUAGACAGCACAUUCCCGUUAGACCAUGGCUUGAACGACGCGCAAGCGCUACUGAAGAAGUUCAGCAAGCACGAUCCUGUUGCAAGCAGAGAGCUCGCCAUCGUCGAGCAUCUCCAGAGCGCAUGUGUCCUGUACCGAGAACGGAGGGCACGCCGGAAGAUGGAGUGCCAGGGUAUGCUCAUCGGCGAGCUCUUUGGGAGUGUCCACGAAGGCGGCCCGUUAUCGAAUGAAGCUUCCAAGUUCGGCUCGAAUGCUGUUCACCGAGACAUCCGAUACUUUGGCAACCAUCGACACUUGAGCACAUCAGAAGCGGGGGAGAUCAACAGCCUGGACCAGAGUGUCUCACUGACGACCGGGAGCACCGAUGGGCCACAAAUGUUGGGUAGCGAAACUGGUCGAGGAACAAACGUGAUCCAGGCACUUACUCCGUCGACCGAUAUACUGCUUCCAAUGUCACCACGGACGCUGCUCUUCGACUCUUAUGGGCAAGAUAUGCCUUUCUUCCCAACGAUGGACGCGAGCAUGGCGCACCUGGGCUACACGGAUGAGAUGAUGCUUGCCGAUGCAGGGACUUUGAUGGAACCGCCGUGUUAG